UAUGUCCCACACACUGUCCAAAUUCCAAUUCAAAAAUUUAGCCACAGCAGCUAGGUUAUUGGAUUCUCAAAAGGAAAAAAAGAAGGAAAAGAUGCUCUUUGAUGUGAAAACUUUAUUCCCUAAUGGCCAACACCAUCCAAAUAAACAAACACACAAAGGACCCUUCUUGCUCCCAAAAGCAACCCAAUAGUAUUCUCAUAUCAACUAAUCAUGAACACUCAUUCCCCCUCCUUUUGUGCACCAUUUCCCUAGUCCCCAUGCAUGGCCUCAGUCAGCAAAACAAUUAUACACCUUGUUAUAAUCUGACACAAUUUUCUUAACCUGGGUGUCUCUAAAUUGUCCCUCUUUCUUCGCUGCAAGUUCCAAUGGAGAUUUUCCAUUGUUUGUACUCUCAACUUCUUGCUGCUUCAAUUUUCUUUCUAGCGGUUUCUGCAGUUGAUAUCUACUCAGAAGCCCUUCUGAGCUUAAAAUCUGAGUUUAUAGAUGAUCAAGAAAGUCUGAGUGACUGGUCUGUGCCUUCUGGAGCAAACCCAUCUGGGAAAAUCUAUGCUUGUUCUUGGUCUGGUGUCACUUGUAAUCUAAAUUCUACCAGUGUCAUCGGUUUAGACUUGUCCAUGAAGAAUCUUGGUGGUGCAAUGUCUGGGAAGCAGUUCAAUGCCUUUACUGAGCUUGUUGAUCUCAACCUGAGUUACAACUCAUUCUCUGGUCAGAUUCCUUUGGGAAUUUUCAACCUCAGCAGUCUUAGAACCUUGGAUAUUAGCAGAAACAAUUUUUCUGGCCACUUCCCUGCUGGUGCCUCUGGACUUCACAACCUGGUUGUGCUUGAUGCUUUCAGCAACAGCUUUUCAGGUCCAUUGCCUGUAGAUUUUUCACAGCUUGAAAAGCUUAAGGUUCUCAAUUUAGCUGGGAGUUAUUUCAGGGGACCAAUCCCAUCAGAAUAUGGUUCUUUUAAGAGCCUUGAGUUCCUUCAUCUUGCUGGGAAUUUACUUAGUGGAAGCAUACCAUCAGAACUGGGGAAGCUCAAAACAAUCACACACAUGGAGAUUGGCUACAACUCUUACCAGGGAAGCAUUCCUUGGCAAUUGGGCAACAUGAGCGAGCUUCAGUAUCUUGAUAUUGCUGAUGCAAACCUCUCUGGCUCAAUACCAAAGGAACUCAGCAAUCUCACCAAGCUUGAGUCACUGUUUCUCUUCAGAAACCAGCUCACUGGGUUCAUACCAGAAGAUUUUGGCAGAAUUGGGAGUCUUGCAAGCUUGGAUCUUUCUGACAACCUAAUCUCUGGGCCAAUCCCUGACAGCUUUUCAGAGUUGAAAAAUCUGAGACUGUUGAGUCUUAUGUACAACAACAUGAAUGGCACGGUUCCUCAAGGAAUUGCAGAGCUUCCAUCUCUGGAAACUCUUCUAAUAUGGAACAACUACUUCAAUGGGAUGCUACCAGAGGGCUUGGGCAGGAACUCCAAACUCAAAUGGGUGGAUGUUUCCACAAACACUUUCGUUGGCAAAAUUCCACCAGAUAUCUGUGUAAACGGUAUGCUGUUUAAGUUGAUCCUGUUUUCUAAUAACUUUACUGGUGGUCUUUCUCCAUCUCUCUCAAAUUGUUCUUCACUUGUUCGUCUUAGACUCGAAGAUAACUCGUUCUCAGGUGAGAUCCCCUUAAAAUUUAGUCAUCUUCCUGAUAUCACAUAUGUCGACCUAUCCAGGAAUCAGUUUACCGGAGGGAUCCCAUCAGAUUUAUCUCAAGCUUACAAUCUUCAAUACUUUAACAUCUCUGGUAAUCCACAGUUAGGUGGGAUAAUUCCAGCAAAAACAUGGACUUCGCCACUUCUUCAGAAUUUUUCAGCAUCUUCUUGUGGUAUCUCGGGCCCACUUCCUCCAUUCCAAGUAUGUAAAUCCAUUUCUGUGAUUGAACUGAGCAUGAACAAUUUAUUUGGAGCUCUACCAAUAAGUAUUUCCAAAUGCCAAAGUCUUGAGAGUAUUGCUUUAGCAAACAACAAUUUAUCAGGUCAGAUACCUGAAGAGCUUGCAAGUCUUCCUGCUCUUGGUGUCAUAGACUUGUCCCACAAUAGUUUUAGUGGACCAAUACCAGCAAAGUUCAGAUAUUCUUCAAGCUUACAACUUCUGAAUGUGUCCUUCAAUGAUAUCUCUGGUUCAAUUCCCUCUGAAAGGUUAUUUAAAACAAUGGGUAGCAGUGCAUUUACUGGAAAUCCAAAGCUAUGUGGUUCACCUCUGCAAUCAUGUUCUGGUUCAAUAGCAAUAUUUGGAAGCAAAGGCACUGGGAAGCUUAUAUGGGUUGUUCUACUGUGUGCCGGUGUGGUCAUGUUCACAGCAUUGUCCAUACUGGCCGUGUUUUAUUUUCGAAGAGCCAAGCAAGGUCAAUGGAAUAUGAUCUCCUAUAGUGGACUUCCUCGAUUUACAGUGAAUGAUGUUUUGAGGAGCUUCAGUUCUACAGAAUCAGUGGAUGCCAUGCCAUCACCAUCGGGUUCAGUAUGCAAAGCAGUUCUGCCUACAGGAAUAACAGUUUCAGUGAAGAAGAUCGAAUGGGAAGCGAAGAAGAUGAGGGAUAUGUCAGAAUUUAUUACCCAAAUAGGAAAUGUUAGGCAUAAGAACUUGGCAAGAUUACUGGGACUUUGCUACAACAAGCAUCUGGCUUAUCUCUUGUAUGAUUAUCUGCCCAAUGGAAGUCUGUCUGAGAGGAUUGGAAUGAGAAGGGAAUGGGCAGCCAAAUACAAAAUUGUGAUGGGCAUUGCAAGGGGAUUAUGCUUCCUUCACCAUGACUGCUAUCCUGCAAUUCCACAUGGAGAUUUGAAAUCAAGCAACAUAGUCUUUGAUGAAAAUAUGGAACCCCAUUUAGCAGAAUUUGGAUUCAAAUAUCUGCUAGAGGGCUCAUUACCAGCUUCAUCUUCCAAGAGAGAAACAGGUGAAUUCAGCAGUGCCAUAAAGGAGGAGCUAUGCAUGGAUAUAUACAGCUUUGGGGAGAUCAUACUGGAAAUUCUAACGAACGGCAGGUUGACAAAUGCAGGGGCAAGUGUGCAGGGCAAGCCAAAGGAAGUUCUUUUGACAGAUAUUUACAGUGAGAAUGAAGUAGGUUCUAGCAAUUCAGUGCAGGAGGAGAUCAAACUAGUACUUGAAGUUGCUUUUCUUUGUACUCAAAGCAGGUCAUAUGAUAGGCCAACCAUGGAAGAUGCAUUGAAACUUCUAUCAGGGUUAAAGCCACAAAGAAAGUAACUGAAACUUUUUGAAGCAGCAGGGCUUUGAUUUUGGCUGCACAUUGCUAUAUAUAUAUAUAUAUAUAUACGGAGGCAUAACAUAUACAGCAAAUAGUUAACUUAUAACACUGGUUGUUUGUAGUUGAUUUGUUUUU